UCUCGCCUGCAGUUGGCAGACACGCGCCCGCCGCUCAAACACCUCCUGUGCUCGAUCGUCGCCAUGGCCGCGCUGCAGAGCUUCCGCUUUGUCUCGCCGUCGUCGACCUCCGCGAGCGCGAGGCCGCCCAGCAGCACGUUGGCUUCCGCUCCGGCAGGCCGGCGCGAGCGCUGCUUCCCGGGCCUAUCGCUGCGCCACCACCGGUCGGCCGCCCUCCGCCCGUGCGUCGUGGUGCGGGCGCAGAGCCACGGCGGCGCCCAGCAGCCGGCGGCCGCCGACCGUUAUUUCGUCGAGGAGAGCGAGCACGUGAUGAAGCGCUACCGCGAGAUCAUCUUAAUCGACCAUGGAUGCCUGUACGUGGAGGCCACGUCCAUGUCGGGACAGGUCUGCCUGUCAGCAAACCAAGCUCUCAAGAUGGCUUCCAGCGUUAUGGACAGUGCAGGCCUGAACCUUGGUGCGCCGAAUGAAAUCUCUCCGGGCACAAUCCACGUGACUCUUGGCGCGUACGUGAAGAUCUUCCUCGACGCAGUCGACGCCUCCUACACCAAAUCGGUUCGGAAGGGCACUGUGAUGUCCUUCCUCGGCGCUCUCAGAGGGCUCGCCUCCAUCAGCCACAUCUUGCUCGACACCGCGCUUGAAGCCCUCGCCCACACGCACCCGAGAGCUAGCCUGUCUGAGUACGCUUUCAACCGCGACAUGGAGGGCAUGCGCGACGAGUUUAGUUAGCAGGCAGAUGGAUGACCUUGAAGAUGCAAUCAGCAAGGCCGCUUCACCCGUUGAGAUUGGCAAGUUGGUGAUACCUGCAAUUCUGGAAGGUGUGGAGAUAUAUCACGUCAUCUUUUGUGGGGCUUGUGGUAGCUCGCCGCAAAAGAGCGCUAGGAAAAGCAUCCCAGAGUGAAGUAGCAGUAUAGUUUCUUGCUUGUAGAUUGUAUAGGAUUAAUACCACAGGCCGGGCCGGGGGCGCCGUUGGAGGACCGCCCGCUGUGUUUCGGUUUGUUUGGCUUUUGCAUGGGUUGCUAUGUUUUGACGUUGUUUAUCGUCUAUGUGACAUGUGAAUUAAUC